CGCUCGGGAGGGGGUCCCGCGACCACCCGGCGCGCUGAGCUGCGCCUGCGCAGAGCGGCGGCGGCCGCCAGGAGCCGAGCCAAGCUGAGCGGCCGCCAUGAACGCCGAGAACUUGGGCCGCAGCGAGCGGCUGGUGGCGGCGGCCUACGUGCGCCAGGGGGCGCAGGGCCGCCGCGCGCACGAGCUGCGCCUGCGGGCGCUGCUGGAGCAGGGAAAGUGUCCUGAAGAUGGAUGGGAUGAAAGUACCAUUGAACUGUUUCUUCAUGAACUUGCCAUAAUGGAUAGCAACAACUUCCUUGGCAACUGUGGUGUGGGUGAGAGGGAAGGAAGAGUAGCAUCAGGACUGGUUGCCCGAAGGCAUUACAGGUUGAUCCAUGGAAUUGGAAGGUCGGGUGAUAUUUCUGCUGUCCAGCCUAAAGCUGCAGGGUCUAGCCUUUUGAACAAACUUACUAAUUCAGUAGUUCUGGAUAUUAUAAAGCUGGCUGGUGUCCGGACAGUGACCAAUUGCUUUGUGGUUCCUAUGGCAACUGGAAUGAGUCUAACUCUGUGUUUUUUAACACUGCGGCACAAGAGACCAAAGGCAAAAUACAUUAUUUGGCCACGUAUAGACCAGAAAUCUUGCUUUAAAUCUAUGAUAACUGCGGGUUUUGAACCUGUGGUGAUAGAAAAUGUAUUGGAAGGAGAUGAGCUACGGACAGACAUCAAAGCAGUGGAGGCUAAAAUCAAAGCUCUUGGCGCUGAAAAUGUUUUGUGUGUUCAUUCUACAACCUCUUGCUUUGCUCCAAGGGUACCUGAUAGACUGGAGGAGCUGGCUGUGAUUUGUGCUAAUUAUGACAUUCCUCAUAUUGUCAACAAUGCAUAUGGAGUUCAGUCUUCAAAAUGUAUGCAUCUUAUUCAGCAGGGCUCUCGAGUGGGCAGAAUAGAUGCUUUUGUUCAGAGCUUGGACAAAAAUUUUAUGGUUCCAGUAGGUGGUGCUAUCAUUGCUGGCUUCAGUGAGUCCUUCAUUCAGGAGAUCAGCAAAAUGUACCCAGGAAGAGCAUCUGCAUCUCCUUCUUUAGAUGUCCUCAUUACACUUCUGUCUCUAGGUACUAGUGGCUACAAGCAGUUACUGAAAGAGAGAAAGGAAAUGUUUUCUUAUCUUUCAAAUGAGUUGAAGAAGUUGGCAGACAUCCACAAUGAGAGACUGUUGGACACACCACAUAAUCCUAUUUCCCUAGCCAUGUCGCUGAAGAAUCUAGGUGAAAAUAAUGAUGCUGCCGUUACCCAGCUGGGAUCUAUGCUUUUCACACGACAAGUUUCUGGAGCAAGGGUGGUUCCCUGUGGGUCUGUACAAACAGUGAAUAACUACACUUUCAAAGGCUUUAUGUCACAUACAAAUGACUAUCCCUGUGCUUACCUCAAUGCUGCAUCAGCAAUUGGGAUUAAAAAACAAGAUGUAGACGUAUUCCUUAAAAGACUUGACAAAUGUUUGAAGACUUCUAAGAAAGAAAUAAAGAAGGAAAAAAGUGUGGAUGAAAUAAGUAAUUCUAAUACAGACACAGACCAACAUGAAGACUAGAAGAUACAGAUUUUGCAAUGCAGGGAGACAAGCUUUUCUCUGAAGUAUGUCAGGUUUGUAUUGGGCUAGCCUUGUGAAUCUGCAGUGCAGAAAACAACUUAUUCUUUAUCUAAAAAGGGGGGAAAACAACAAAACUCAGGUGAAAUUCAACUCUAAAGAAAACUUUAGAUGGUGUUCUCUCUGAUGGAGAAGGCCAGUCACAAGGGUUUUGUACCACUUAAAUAUACUUAACAUCUACCAAAGUAAAACUUACAUUCAUAAAGAUGAGCUAGUCUUUUGGUCUGAGGGUGAAUUUGACCUAUUGUGACUGGUGCUUGGCAAAUCACAGAAUGCUUAUUCCCGUAUUCUUAACUAACAAGGUUUUCUGUGGCAGUGAUUGCAGGCCUUUUAGGUAUAGGUAUAUAUCCAGCAAGAAAUGUUUCACUGUUUCCUAAAUGUCUAUUAACUGUUUCUUCUCAGCAUACUUGCCACUUGUCAUUUCUUCUCAAAAAUUUAUAUAAAAGUUUUGGGAUUGCACUUAUUAAAUGCAAUGACAAAACUGCAUGAAGAAAUGAGAGUUGGAAUAACAAUCUUUUGGGGGCCUCACACAGUCUCAGAAUUAGAACUGCUGGUUUUGGGUAUAUCUUUGGCUAUGAACUGACUUGGACAAAGCAACUCUCAGUGGACAAGAAAAACCUAGACUGCCUCAUAUCCUGUCAGUUCUUAACCCUUGGAAAUAUUUGCAGGAUUCAACAACCCAAAGGAGUAUUUUAAGGGAGUACAGUUAUAAAAAUAAGGGGCUGUGGAGUAUGGAGUUAGAAGGGAUAGUCUUCCCCCACUACCAUCCUCCCCCCUUUUUUAUGCAUUUCUUUUCCUCUUUGAAUCUUCUGCUCUUUAAUGGGAGCAGGAGAUUCACUGAAAAGGAAGUCUGUGGGAUGAAUCCAGCAAUCUCAAGAGUUAGUGAAACUUGAGGGUGUCUUGGCAUUUUUUUAUCCUGUUGAUUUUAAAAUGUAUUGACUUCCACUUCUCAGCUGUCUCCUGUCACUGGCACUGUUGCCUCUAUAGCUAUGUUCAGUUACUGAUGUGAAUUCAUUAAGUUAACAAUAGAUUUAGAGUCUGUUCUUUGACCAAAGGUUCCAUAUCACUGGAGUGACAUUGCCGUAGGUUUAAAAAUUUUUAGCUAAUUAUUCUUACGUGCAGCUACUACAUUGUGUGUGGUUUUGAUGUCAUUUACUGGCCAAAGCGAGCCUAAAUGUUCAAAGGCAUUUUUCUUUGUCUGUAAUGUAUUAACACUUGGGAUACCACAGUUAAUCAGUUAGAAUAUUUUGUGAGGUUAUAACUGCUUUGUUUGGUGGGAUCAGAGCCCUCUGUAAAUUGCUUAGUCAAAAUAGUGAUGCUUUUGAGAGGAUUAUCUCCCCAACAUGUUUGAUUAAUUGAUAUAAAAUACGGUGUUAAUAUGUGGAAGUUAAUAGUAUGCUAAUCAUCAUGAAGAUGCUAGUAAGACCAUUGUAUCUUAAGUUUAAAUUGAGGCUUCUACAUUAUUUCUGUUGCACAUUAAAUAAACUAAAGCUUGUGAAGGUA